UUCUUAUAAGAUUGCCCAUCAGUGAAAUGAAGAUAAGCCCUCAUUAAUGGUUUCCUUUGCCUCGCAACAACAGAAUCCCUCACAUUUUUCGGCAUAUAAUUCGAAGCAGACAGAAGGAACUAUUGCCGAGUAUUUUUUCCGACAGCUGCGGUCUCACUCUGAUCUGUGUCUGAAAUCUUGUUUCAACUCUUUUUUACACGUUUUAAAUCAAGGUUAUAGAAGUCCGAGAGCUCAGCAAAGGGCAGCCAUGGCGGUUUUGCGCUCAUUAUUUUCUUUAUUUGAUGUCCAAGAACUCUUUCUGAUGUGUUUUCUGGCUUUCCGUGCUGCCCAGUUUGUAGAACGGAUGAUUUGAGAUUUGUCGCCGAUUGGGAACAGCGAUGGCUGGGAUAGAUGACAAGUUCUCCAUUUUUGAAGAAUGGGGAACUUUUAAUCCCAGCCCGAUAACAUUUAUACCAUUUCAUGAUCUUGGAGAUGGGGGACAUUUAGGCUCUACGGUGUCUGAGAAUGAGAAAACAGCAUUGGAUUACAAGGAAGAAGUGAAAAGUUCUGCCUCAGAACCCUACAGUGAUAUCUUCUCCGGAACAGUCCAGUUUAAGAUUACCAAAUCAAGCUCAAGAGGGGCUUUAAGUGAAAGGAUUGCAGCUAGGGCUGGUUUUAGUACAUUAACAGUCAAUACUAGCAGAAAUGGAACAGAGAACGUGAUCUCUUCACCUUCAGACAAGAUUUCUUCAUGUUUGGUGCUUUCUCCAGGUCUCAGUCCUACGGCAUUUUUGGAAUCUCCAGUUUUGCUUUCAAAUUCCAUGGCCGAACCGUCGCCGACCACUGGGAAACUUCCUUUUGCACAUACCAAGGACAAUACUUCAUUUUCAACAUUGAUCUCAGAAGAAACUUACAAAAAUAAUGUUCAAAAGAUCGAAGAAUUUUGUGACGAUGCAUUUACCUUCCCUCGACUGUGUUCAGAUUUCCCUUUCCUAUCAAAUGCCAAAAACAAAUUUGUUUCAUCCAUCAAUCAAAGACAAUCUGAAACAAAAGAGAAUGCCGAAGAAACGAAAGCUGAUUCCUUUCUGGGAAAUGAAUGCUCUCCAAGUGAUGAAAAUCAUUAUGGAGGAACAGAUCCAAAAGGAGAGUCCUCAUCCAUGCCUGUCAUUGCUCCAGAAGAGGAUGGAUACAACUGGAGGAAGUACGGGCAGAAACACGUUAAGGGUAGCGAGUUCCCUCGCAGUUAUUAUAAGUGCACUUUCUUAAAUUGCCCAGUGAAGAAGAAGGUUGAAAGAUCGCUUGAGGGUCAUGUUACUGAAAUAAUCUACAGGGGUGCUCACAACCACCCCAAGCCUCCAUCAAACCGCAGGCCAUGCGCUACAUCUUCUCAUUCCUUCAGUGACACACAAGUGGAGGGUUCAGAUUAUCAGAGCCUUAAUUCUGAAUUUGAUGGAAAUCUCUCAUUGCUGAACUCUGAAAAUGGAAAUGUGGGAUCAGGAUGGAGAAGGGAUGCCAUGGAAGCUGCUUCUUCAGUAGCUUCUGUUGCUGAGUUUGCAACUUCUAACUCCAUGCAGACACAGAGUGGCAGUCGAUACAGCGGCUCAGAGGUCAUGCAUUUGUCAUCAGCAAUGUCUAAUGACGAAGAGGACGAUGGAGCAACAAAUGGUUGUCUUUCAGUUAGAUGUGAUGCUGAAGGGGAGGAGAGGGAUCCAAAAAGAAGCAAACUAGAUCUGUGCUCUAUUGACAUGAGUGCAGCUUCGAGGGCCAUGCGAGAGCCUCGUGUUGUGGUUCAGACAACUAGCGAGGUCGAUAUUCUCGACGACGGUUACCGAUGGCGUAAGUACGGGCAAAAAGUCGUGAAAGGAAAUCCAAAUCCAAGGAGCUACUACAAGUGUACGAACCCAGGUUGCACGGUGCGCAAGCAUGUGGAAAGAGCAUCGCAUGAUCUUAAGUCUGUCAUCACCACAUAUGAAGGAAAGCACGACCACGACGUACCCGCCGCCAAAACUAGUAACAAUCAAAACUCCGGUUCGUCGAACACCGCCACAAUUGGGAUGCAACAGCCCCAUAAUAGCUUCCACGGAAGAGCCGAGGAAGUUCAAGAAAGCUUCAGGAGGCUUCAAAGCGACGAUCCCUUUGCAUUGCCUUGCGGAGCUCCGCAAUUGCGUGUGACGGCUGAAUAUGGGGCCUAUGCUAUAGGUUUUGGCCAAGAGGGCAUGGUUAACCUUGGCAUUGGUGGUUUAGGUCCAAUGAAGCAGAUGAAGAUGCCAGGUUUUUCUCCACUUCAUCCAUAUUUGGAGCAGCAGAGAAGAGUUGAUGGAGAGUUUAUUGUGCCAAAUGAUCUGCCAACAAUUCCCAAUGCUCGGAAUGGAUUUUAUCAGUUUUCAGACAGAUUACCUCUGGGUACUUAUCUAUGAAUAUGUGCAUGCAUGCAUCAACUUAUUGAUGAUAAGUUUAUCAUAUUUUAUGAAUAGUUAGAUAGGAGUUAGGAAAAGAAAUGCAUCAUGUUUGAUGAAUGGGGAGAACUUUACAAGUGAAAUUAUACUAAUGACAAAUUUUUACAUUGCAGUAAGUUUAGUUUUUUGGUUUUU